UAUCUGUGACCGUGAUCGAUGACUCGGUCCUCCCUCAUCCUCUCACAAGUUCGACCGCUGGUUGCAGGUUCAAAACAAAAAGUUUUAUUAAACAUGAUGCUGGGAAAGCGGUGCUGCCUGCGACUGUGAAAGCAUCUUCAGCGGAAAAAUGAGCGAGACCUUCUCACGUGUCCAGGUGAACGUGCAAGAGCUGAAGGAACAGGGCAAUGCAUGCGUCAAGGAAGAAAAGUUUGAGGAGGCUGUUUUGCACUACACCCACGCUCUUGCAAUCGACCCCAAAAACUUCUCCCUUUAUAGCAACCGUUCGCUGGCCUUCCUCAAGAUGAAGCAGUUUUUUCUGGCGUUGCAAGACGCCAAUGAGACCAUCAAACUUAAUCCUGGUUGGGCUAAAGGUUACUUUCGGAAGGCGGAGGUGCAAUUUGCCACCUUUCACUUUCUUGACGCACUGCAAUCGUAUCGUCAAGCCCUUCUGCUGCAGCCUGACGACUCCAGCAUAUUGAAUGCUAUCGCCAGGACAACGCUUGAGUGCCAGAAGGACAAAAAAGCUGAUGACCAAAUUCCUUGGCUUGGUGCUGGAAUCGGUAUCAUCCUGGGCGUCAUAAUUGUGAUUGCUGAUCAAAUCGCUACCAUGAAACCCUCCCUCUCGCAUCCAAUUCUGAUGGUUCUAACAACGAUGGGAAUCGCCAUGGUUGGCUAUGGACUUGCGCGAGGUUUCCGCUACUAUGUCAAGUGCCAAAGAAAGUCGCUGAUCGAGCCCCCAGCUGAUCUGAGUGGCCAGUCAGAGCAGGAGGACGAGCCUGAGGAAGAAAUGAUGCCUGAGAAAGGUGGUGGCCACGCCAGGUACUCAAAGGCGCAGGCCAGGCAGCGGUUUAAGAAGGGCCGCAGCAGCUAGAGACAACAGCGCAUUCUUCACACCACCAUGCCUUUCCUGCACUCUGGUUUUCCUGUCUCCGCUUCGGAUUUGGCAAUUUGUGCAUCUGAUGCUGUUAAGAGGACAAAAAGAGGGGGGUUCAACGUGAUAAAAUAAAAGGAGCGUUUCUCUUUGGUGCGAAAAUACAGAUGGCACAGUGUAAUUCAGAAUUUAUUAUAUGGUUUUUGUUCUGAUCUGAAUGCGGUUACCCUAAAGCCAGAAAACACUCCACUCAUUGCAAGCUUUUACUGAAUUAGGAGUUUAAAAAUUCCCUUUGCAGAGAUUUCUCUUGAUCUUUGCCCAACUGCCCUCUAAAUAAAUAUGGCCAUUUUUGGCCCAACAGUAAUAAUACUGGUCAAUGUGCCGCAAGCCAAGGUGGAAAGUGCCCUCGAAGCACUGAAAUUUCUAAACUUUUAACCACUCCUUUAUGCCAGCAAUAGUGUUGUGGCUUGUUCAUGUUCCAAAACCUCGAUAUGUGCUAGCUGGACUCAUUUGUUGCUUGGUUUUUAAUUAUGUGAUCUCCUCAGCAGAGAUGUUUCUCUGACUAUUUUGUUGAUUUGUGUUGUGAGUUUCCUACUAUGGUAUAAAUAAAUUUUCCAAAAAUUGUCAA